GUCCAUUCUGGGCCAGGGAUGCUUUCUUCCCCGCGAGUGGCCAGGGCCAGACGGGUGGGGGACGUCCAGGCUCCCUCGUUUGCCUUCUCCUUGCCCCCCACUACCCUUUGGUAAAGGAACAUGCUCUGCCACUAAUCACCCACAUGCCCAGUUUCGCGUCAUUCGUGGAUAUGGCCUCACGGCGAGACUGAGAGUCCAUAUCCCACAAGGCCCUAGCCCCAAUUGGGCCAGCGGAGCCUCACUGGUAGCGGAUGCGCUUCUCCUCGUCAUCUCAGGGCCUUUUCGUUUCUCUUUCUUCUUUCGGCUGCCCCUACCUUCGUCGGCCAAGAGGUAGAUUCCGAGUUGCAGCUCCAGCGGUUGCGGGAGGUGUUCAAGGCCUGCGACGCCAAGGGCGAUGGCAGCAUCAGCGUGAAUGAGCUUAUCAAGGGCGUCCGCGAGAAACCCGAGGCCGCCGAGUUUUUUGGCAUUUCGUCGGAGACGCACCAGGAUAGCGACACACGAGCAGCGGUGAUGCGGUUCUUUCACGGCGUCGGCAAGGACAACAAGCGCAAGAUCAGUUUUCAGGAGUUCGAGAGGUGCUACCGCGACCCCAAUCUGCCCAGCUCCCCCAGCGGUGGCAAGAGCGGGCCCGCGCCGGAGGCCGAGUCACCGGACGCCCAGCAGGCGCUCAAGAACGGCAGAAGCGAACCCUCGCGCGGCCGGAGGAGCGGCCUCGCCCUGCUCGCCGCGCUGCUGGCAGCCCCCUUCGUCACCGUGCUGGCGGUCUACGAGAAGAACAAGCUCAAGGUCGGAAAUGGUGUCGACUUCCCAGGGAGCUUGCAGGGCUUUAGCGUUAUGAUAACUGGCAGCUCGUCUGGCAUGGGGUUCGAGGCGGCGAGAUACUUCUACAUAUUAGGUGCGGACGUCGUGAUGCACGGACCGAGCGAGAACAGGACGCGGCAUGCCGCCGAGCGGGUGCUGCGCGCUGCGGGGUCCGGCGACGGGCAGGGCUCGGCCUUGCCAGUGUUCGCCGACCUGAGCGACUUCGACGCGGUGCGCCGGCUCGCGGACGACAUGAGAUCCUCGUUCGCGGUCCGCGGCUUGAACGCCCUGGUGCUCAACGCGGCCGCCAUGUACUCGGGCGAGGCUGGCAAGCGGGGCGCGCGGACUGCGCAGCGCCCGGGCCUGUCCUACGAGGCCAAGAGCGGGCACGACUUCGUUAUGGCCGCCAACCACCUAGGGCAUUUCCUGCUGGCCACGGAGCUCGCCAACACCCUGGCGCCGAAGGCGACCGUGGUGGUCCUGACGGGUAGCGGUGCCUGGCACGGGGACUUUGAACGACUUUUCCAGGGCGCCACCGCGCGCAUCAAGUGGGAGGAGGACUUCGAGGAGGCCUACAAGGCCUACUACGACAGCAAGCUCGCGAACGUGUGCUUCUCGCGCGGGCUGCGACGCUGGCUACAGAAGGGCUCGAAGCCAGACGCACCCAGGGUUGUGCUCUUCGACCCCGGCCGCGUGCACACGGCCGCCGCGCUGCAGCGGAACUCGACGGAGUACACCGCGCACUCGUACGCGAUGUGGCACGAUCACAACGUGGGCGUGAUGAAGAACGGCCUGGGUUGGAGGAGCGUUUCCCCGCAGGAUGCAGGCUGGCACCUCGUCAUGGCGACGUUUGCUUCUGUGUCGCCGGAGCCAGACCUGGUCAGCACGUACUUCUUUCCGCGUGAGUUGUUCUGGUGGUACGCCGACGCCGCAAUGUCAAAGUGGCGGACGGAGCAUGUGCCAAUAGCGGCCGACGGAACCCCAUACUGGGCCUACGUAAAUUUGCAGGCGAACGCAUACCAGACGUUCUCCUGGGGCACGUCCCACCUGUUCAGCAGUUUUGGUCCGAACUGUGGCCACGGGGUGACGAGCGAGCGCGAGCACUGGCGGUGGUCGGCUAAACAAUUGGGGAUGAACCCAGAUACCCUGUUUUGGUGACAGCGAGCAGGAACAGUAUAUUAUGCAUCUUCCAGUCACAUUUUCCGCUGGUGUAGCUUGCAUGUGUUCGCAGGGUCGUCUUCCUUUUUUUUCUUUUUUGGUGGAGCUGCGCUGUUCAGAGCACUGGUGGUGGUCGCUGCCAGUUGCGAUCGCUGUCCAGAGCCACGCAUUCGCCAUUCAAAACGUGGUCUUCAGCGUCAUCACCCUCUCUGUCUAGACCAUGUCAGCA